CCCUGAGUGGGCGUCAUGCCGCCCAAAAACGCCAGAAAAGCAGCCGCUGCCGCCGCUGCUGCCGCCGCGGAGCCCCCCGCGCCGCCUGCUCCUCCUGAGGAGGACCCGGGGCAGGACAGUGGCCCCGAAGACCUGCCAAUGGUCAGGCUUGAGUUUGAAGAAACUGAAGAACCUGAUUUUACUGCAUUAUGUCAGAAAUUAAAGAUACCAGAUCAUGUCAGAGAAAGAGCUUGGCUCACUUGGGAAAAAGUUACAUCUGUGGAUGGAGUAUUGGAAGGUUAUAAUCAAAGGAAAAAGGAACUGUGGGGAAUCUGUGUCUUUAUUGCUGCAGUGGACCUAGAUGAGAUGCCAUUCACUUUCACUGAGCUACAGAAAAGCAUAGAAACCAGUAUCUAUAAAUUCUUUGACUUACUAAAAGAAAUUGAUACCAGUACCAAAGUUGAUAAUGCUAUGUCAAGACUGCUGAAGAAGUAUAAUGUAUUGUGUGCACUCUACAGCAAAUUAGAAAGGACAUGUGAACUUAUAUACUUGACACAACCAAAUAGCUCGACAUCUACUGAAAUAAACUCUGUAUUGGUGCUAAAAGUUUCUUGGAUCACAUUUUUACUAGCUAAAGGGAAAGUACUUCAAAUGGAAGAUGAUCUGGUGAUAUCGUUUCAGUUAAUGCUAUGUGUCCUUGACUAUUUUAUCAAACUCUCACCUCCUGCAUUGCUCAAAGAACCAUAUAAAACAGCUGUAAUACCUAUUAAUGGUUCACCUCGAACUCCAAGACGAGGUCAGAACAGGAGUGCACGGAUAGCAAAACAACUAGAAAAUGAUACAAGAAUUAUUGAAGUUCUCUGUAAAGAACAUGAAUGUAACAUAGAUGAGGUGAAAAAUGUUUAUUUCAAAAAUUUUAUACCUUUUAUGAAUUCUCUUGGAAUUGUAACUUCCAAUGGACUUCCAGAGGUGGAAAGUCUCUCUAAACAAUAUGAAGAAAUUUACCUUAAAAGUAAAGAUCUAGAUGCAAGAUUAUUUCUGGAUCAUGAUAAAACUCUUCAGGCUGAUCCUAUAGACAGCUUUGAAAUUCAGAGAACGCCAAGAAAAAGUAACCCUGAUGAAGAGCUAAACAUGAUUCUCCCACAGACUCCAGUUAGGACUGUUAUGAAUACUAUACAACAAUUAAUGAUGAUCUUAAACUCAGCAAGUGACCAACCAUCAGAAAAUCUCAUUUCCUAUUUUAAUAACUGCACAGUGAAUCCAAAAGAAAGCAUCCUGAAAAGAGUGAAGGAUAUUGGAUACAUCUUUAAAGAGAAAUUUGCUGAAGCUGUGGGACAGGGUUGUGUGGAAAUUGGAUCUCAGCGAUACAAACUUGGAGUGCGAUUGUAUUACCGAGUAAUGGAAUCCAUGCUUAAAUCCGAAGAAGAACGAUUAUCCAUUCAAAAUUUUAGCAAACUGCUGAAUGACAACAUCUUUCAUAUGUCUUUAUUGGCGUGUGCUCUCGAGGUUGUAAUGGCUACAUAUAGCAGAAGUACAUCACAGAAUCUUGAUACUGGAACAGAUUUGUCCUUCCCAUGGAUUCUGAAUGUACUUAAUUUAAAAGCCUUUGAUUUUUAUAAAGUGAUUGAAAGUUUUAUUAAAGCAGAAGCCAACUUGACCAGAGAGAUGAUAAAACAUUUAGAACGAUGUGAACAUCGAAUCAUGGAAUCCCUUGCAUGGCUCUCAGAUUCACCUCUAUUUGAUCUUAUUAAACAAGCAAAGGAUCGAGAAGGACCAACUGAUCACCUUGAUUCUGCUUGCACUUUUAAUCUUCCUUUCCAAAAUAAUCACACUGCAGCAGACAUGUAUCUUUCUCCAGUUAGAUCUCCAAAGAAAAAAGGGUCAGCUACACGUGUAAAUUCUACUGCAUAUACAGAGACACAAGCAGCCUCACCCUUCCAGAUUCAGAAGCCAUUGAAAUCUACCUCCCUUUCACUCUUCUACAAAAAAGUGUACCGACUAGCGUAUCUUCGACUAAAUACUCUGUGUGCACGCCUUCUGUCUGACCACCCAGAACUGGAGCAUAUCAUCUGGACCCUUUUUCAGCAUACAUUGCAAAAUGAGUAUGAACUCAUGAGAGACAGGCAUCUGGAUCAGAUUAUGAUGUGUUCCAUGUAUGGGAUAUGUAAAGUGAAGAAUAUAGAUCUUAAAUUCAAAAUUAUUGUAACAGCAUACAAGGAUCUUCCUCAUGCUAUUCAGGAGACAUUCAAACGUGUUUUGAUCAGAGAAGAGGAAUAUGAUUCCAUUAUAGUAUUCUAUAACUCGGUCUUCAUGCAGAGACUGAAAACGAAUAUUUUACAAUAUGCUUCCACCAGGCCACCUACCUUGUCACCAAUACCUCACAUUCCUCGAAGCCCUUACAAGUUUUCUAGUUCACCUUUACGAAUUCCUGGAGGAAAUAUCUAUAUAUCACCCUUGAAGAAUUCAUAUAAAAUUUCAGAAGGUCUGCCAACACCAACGAAAAUGACUCCAAGAUCAAGAAUCUUAGUAUCCAUUGGUGAAUCAUUUGGGACAUCUGAGAAGUUCCAGAAGAUAAAUCAAAUGGUUUGUAACAGUGAUCGAGUACUCAAAAGAAGUGCUGAUGGGAGCAACCCUCCUAAACCACUGAAAAAACUACGCUUUGAUAUUGAAGGAUCAGAUGAAGCAGAUGGAAGCAAGCAUCUUCCAGGGGAAUUUCAACAGAAGCUGGCAGAAAUGACAUCUACUCGAACACGAAUGCAGAAGCAGAAAAUGAAUGAUAGCAUGGAUACCUUGAACAAGGAAGAGAAGUGAGGCUCUCAUGACCUCGGUGGGCAAUGUGUCCACCUCCAGCUUGAUUUUCUGUCACAGAUUUUGACUGUAGAGCUCACCCAGGUUCUGUUUACGGCCAUAUAUAAUAAUAUGUGUAGCUUUUUUUAUGGAUAUAGUGUGCAGAUGCAUUAUGAAUGUUUAUGCAGUGACUCUUAAGCCACUAACAAUGUUGUAGUUAAUAUACUAUACAUUAUUAAUUAUACAAGAUUAAAAAUCUUGUGUAAGUCCAGCUAUUGAAAAAGUUUGUAGCAGAUGUUUCCAUUUCCAGAGUAUACUUGCUCCACUUUGCAAAUGGUGAGGAUACCCCAAGCGGAAUCCUAGUAGACCAUGCCUGAGUACUUUGUCUUCUGUUGUAGCAUAUAUGUGGUGUUUGCUAUUGUUUUUAUUAAUUUAUAUUUAUAUUUUUUUUAAUUUAACAUGAACAUUAGAAAAUGUGUUCUGUCUUCCAAAUGCAAUUUGGCUGAUUGCCCCACAUUUACCCAAAUGAUACUAAACUCUUCUGCUCAAACAGAUGUUAUUAGAAACUAGGAAAAAAUACUAAUUUUUACAUAGUAGCAUUUAGUUUACUAAUGGAAUCUGAUGUACUGUGUGGCUUGUUUUAUAAAUUUUAGCUUGAAAUACAAGCAGGAAGCAAAAUAUAAACAUAUGAUACUGUCAUACUACUGAAACAGAUCUCAUACCUCAGGACUUGUGAGAAUUUAUUCUUUUCUUCAUCCAACUCAUGCUUUAAAAUGAGGGUAAUGAAUAGUACUCUUGGUUUUAUACCUUUCAGAUCACUGAAUUAAUAAAGUAUCCAUUUAGUACUUAGUGCUUGGAAAAUAAAGUGUUCCAGUUUGACUUUGUUUAUAGGACCCUAAUAUAGUAUAUCCCAAGUGCACUUUCUAAUGUUUCUGGGUCCUGAAAAAUCAAGAUACAAAAUAAUCUUACUCCAUAAAUAGACUGUUAACUAUCAGAGCCUUAAUUUUUUUUUCCUCUCAGAGAUUUGUCUAUUGCAUCUCAGCAAUUAUUCUGCCCUCCUAUAUUUAAGGAGUGCAUUUUCUCUGGAAUGGUACAUGUCUUCCAUGUAUCUUUUGAACUGGCAAUUGUCGUACCCUUUUUAUUUCCCCUUCUUUGAAGUCAGUAUGGUCUAGCACUGGCACAUUCAAGCCACAUUAUUUCUAGUCCAAAAUUGCAGAUAAUCAAAGGUCUCUGGGGUAGACAUUCAUAUUUCUAUCGAAUUUUGUGAAAAAGCUUCAAAUUAAAAUAGCUGUAUUAGAAAAAAAAAAAAGGCGCUUUCCCUCCUGGAACCUAAAGGUUUAUUUAACUAUCUUGUGUGAUUAACUUAUUUAGAGAUGAUAUAAUUUAAAAUAGGUAUUUAAAGUAGCAUCAGCUAGAUUUUAGGAAAAUCACUUUCUCUAAACUCAGAGUUCUUUUUAAAAAGAAAUCUGGUCGUACUGCUAGAAAACAGUUUUACUUUUUGCUCAAUUAAGUUUCAAACUUUGACAGUUACCUUAAUAACAAAGGCACUAGAAAGCUUUAUUCCAUUCUCUCAUUAAUUUUUGCAUGAAUGCCAUACAAAUCAGUUAGCUUUUAGGUCAAGGGCUUAUCAUAUUUCUGGGUCUUUCUUUUGCUAAUAAUUUCAUGUUAGAUUUAGUGCCAGAAUUUUAGAAACUUCAGAGAUCGUGUUUUGAGAUUCUUAAAUAAGGCUCCAGAUUGCUUUAUUGCUUUUGUAUUGGUUAAAAUUGUACAUUUAAAAUUGCUAUGUUACUAUUUUCUACAAUUAAUAGUUGGUCUAUUUUAAAAUAAAUUAGUUAAAAGUCUUAAUUAAUAAUAGUCUGAUGUUGUGU